AUGCCUACCAUUAAUGAUUAUCGAUUUGAGUCUGUCCGUUUGGACAGUUACAAAAUCUUGCCAUAUUUGUGGAAAGUGGAGCCACAAAAACUCGCGGCGGCUGGAUUUUAUUAUACAGGCGAAAGCGACCAAGUGCAAUGUUUCAUGUGCGACGUAAAAUUAUGUAAUUGGGAACCGAAAGAUGAUCCGUUUGCCGAUCAUCAACGGGAAUCUAGUAAAUGUGAAUUCAUUAGAAAUAUACCAUGCGGCAAUGUACCGAUCGGUACGGAUCCCAGCACAAUUCCGAUACCCGUGGUUAAUAAACGAAUAGAUGUACCUAAUAGACUUUUUGAAUUUCCGACGUUUGCCAUUCAUUUCAAUCAAAGCAGUGAAAAUCAAAACACAAUAGAAAGAAGGACUUAUUGGUUAGAACAGUUAGUAGGCCGAAAUUUAAUUAAAUUUAAGUACUCUCUAUGUUCCGAGUAUACUAUUAGAUUAGCAACAUAUAAGAAAUGGCCUAAAUCAAAGUCACAAGCUAAAAAACUAGCAGCUGCAGGAUUCUGUUAUUCGGGAAAUAGCGACCAAACAAUAUGUUAUUACUGCCAUGGAAGAUUAAAGAAUUGGGAGCCGAAUGAUGAUCCCUGGGCAGAACAUGCCAAAUGGUUCCACUACUGUCAUCAUCUAAUUAUAAGUAAAGGGACGGAAUUUAUAAACAAUAUUACUGGGACAUCGUACAUCAAAAUAAGCACUUUAAAUGACACAAUGGAAGAAAAAUGUGAGGAACUUGAUACAAGUGAGAAUAUUGAUAGUGGAAGCUCUCAAAAUAUAAUUACUGCUAAAGAACCUAAUACAGAAGUAAGUAGUGUAUCGCAUGAAGCCAGCAGCGAGGAACAAUGUGACCAAGGACUGAAGGACAUAAAUUUGAGUGAUAACACUGGCAAGGAUACAGUAAAUUAG